GUCCAUUCAAUGGCAGGGAAAUGUGCCUGGGUUGUCGCAGGAUUUUAUUAUAUUCACAGUUUGUGUUUUGUGGAUGGCAAACUCUGCGUUGUGACGUCUUGCUGUGCGAAGGUCACGGCCGGUGGUUCCACCCCAACCUGUCUGGUCUGGAAGCCGAGCAAAUCCUUUUGGAUCAGGGGUGUGAUGGAAGCUUCCUGGCAAGGCCCAGCAAGUCCAAAAAGGGAGAUUUUACUUUGUCUGUUAGGAGGAAUGGUGUAGUUACACACAUAAAGAUCCGCAACACGGGCGACUACUAUGACCUCUACGGAGGAGAAAACUUUGCCACUCUGGCUGAGCUGGUCCAGUACUACAUGGAGAAUCAAGACCAGCUUAGAGAGAGGAACGGCGAGAUCAUUGAGCUCAAGUAUCCACUCAUCUGCGCGGACCCUACUACGGAAAGGUGGUUCCACGGACCACUGUUGGCGAAGGAGGCCGAAAAGCUGCUCAUGGAGAAAGGCAAGAAUGGGAGCUUUCUCGUAAGGGAGAGUCGGAGCAAACCGGGCGACUACGUCCUGUCCGUUCGAACUGAAGACAAAGUCACCCACUUCAUUGUGCGCUGCCAGGAUGGCAAAUUUGAUGCUUGUGGUGGGGAGAAGUUUGACAGUCUCAGCGAGCUAAUAGACUUCUAUCGCAAGAACCCGAUGGUGGAAACGACAGGCACCGUAGUUCAUCUCAAACAGCCUUUCAACGCUACACGCAUCAAGGCUUCCACCAUAGAUAAUCGUGUUAAACAGCUCUCCAAGGAGAAUGGCCAGAGCAGUGGCAAGGCUGGCUUUUGGGAAGAAUUUGAGCAUUUGCAGCAACAAGAAUGUAAACACCUCUUCAGUAGGAAGGAUGGCCAGAGGCCAGAAAACCGAGCCAAAAACCGAUACAAGAACAUUUUGCCUUUUGACGCCACACGUGUUCAUCUACGAGAUGUAGACCCCAACGUUCCAUAUUCAGACUACAUCAAUGCUAAUUAUAUCAAGGCUGACGAUGACAGCAUCUUUGACGCUGGAACAAAUAAGACGUACAUUGCAACUCAAGGGUGCCUUCAGAAUACCAUAAGUGAUUUCUGGUCUAUGGUUUGGCAAGAUAACACUAGAGUCAUUGUAAUGACCACAAAGGAGGUCGAGAGAGGGAAGCCCAAGUGUGUCCGUUACUGGCCGGAGGAGGGGCAGACAAAGGAAUACGGCAAGUUCAAGCUCCAACAUGUGACGGAGUCAUCAACUGCAGACUACACCCUGAGAGAAUUCAAUCUGUCCAAGGAGGGGGAGAGUGACCCACGGAGUGUAUUUCACUACCACUUUACGGCAUGGCCGGAUCAUGGCGUUCCUUCCGAUCCAGGAUGUGUCCUCAACUUCCUCCAUGACGUUAACCAGCGGCAAGAAUCCAUACCCGACUCUGGGCCAAUCGUCGUGCACUGCAGUGCUGGGAUAGGGAGAACAGGCACAUUCAUCGUCAUUGACAUGAUUGUAGAUCUCAUCAAGAAACAGGGCCUCGCAUGUGAAAUAGACAUUCAGAGGACAAUACAAAUGGUUCGCGCACAGCGUUCAGGCAUGGUGCAGACUGAGGCUCAAUAUAAAUUCGUCUACCUCGCUGUGGAGCACUACAUUGAAACUUUACAACAACGAAUGCUGGCUGAACAGAAAAGUAUGAUGCUCGGUAGGGAAUAUACAAAUAUCAAGUACUCUGGGGAGGUGCCCACAAUUGGUGGGACAGCUGUUCCCGGUUCAACACCCGCCGCUGUCACUGAAAACUCAGCACCUAAACCGAACCUGACUGUUCCCACAAGUGUGACCCCAAGUCUGUCUCCCACAUCUUCACCAGCCUCUUCUCCACAUGCAUUUGACACGGUCACUAGCAAGAAGCCCGCUGUGCUGCCCCGGUCAAUCAUAACGGAAACCUCAACCAUGCCCAGGCCACCUGUAGAAGCCCCUCGCCAAAUCUAUGAGAACAUUCCUCUCAAGGACAGGAAGGCUCCCUUGGUCACCCCACCGACCUUUCAUAUGGGACCGCCUCCAAACCCUGCGCCGCCACCUCCACCAAAAAAGUCGUGACCGUAACAUGCUCACAGUCUACAGAGGCGGACUUGUCAUUGAUGUCUUUCAAGUCGGUGCAGUUAAAGCUGGAUCUUGCAGAGUUGUGAAAUGGCUCCCCGAUGUGAAAAUGCUACUAUGACUACCAUAUGACUACCAUUUGUGACAAUUGAUAGUUGCAUGUUGUACUGGAAUAUAGUGAAAUAUCCUCUCAUGACCUCUGUAUAUGAAUCAUGAUGGUGUCGUCGUGCAGUUAAUAUUGGUCACUCAUCAACAUGACAGAUAGGUUCUCCCCUCAGGUCUAUCUGCUUAUGCUUGCCUCAACGUUUUUCAACAUUUUGGUAUGGCCAAUUUAUGCAGUGACCGAAAUCCACUCAAAUACAGAGCCGCGACUCAAAAGCAUUUCCCGGCCCUGCCCCAGUUCAUAUGCAUCAGGUGUGCACAUAAUAUCACUACCAACUGAAGGCCAGAAAAAGGUUACAAAGCAAAUAAACAAAGUACCUCCUCCUCAUUAUCUGUCGUUUUAGAAAUUAAAAUCCAGAUCUCUGUGCAGAGCAUUUAAGACCACCUUAAAUUGUCUUACACAACGGAGUGACUCUUUCUCAAAUAAUGCAGUAUUGUACAGCCGAUGAAUUGGGAUUCCGGCAAGUCCAUUAUUUGGAGAGGCAACAUUAAAGGAGCAUGGAAGGGACUUGGAACAUAUAUAUCUUUUUACUCCGCCGUAUGAGCAUGUACUACCUUCAGGAACAGCCGCGCAAAAUAUUUCAUUUAGGAAGUUCGAAUUUACUGAGAAAAUUGCUUUGCAAGAGAGCGCGCAGUGUGCCCAGCGGCUCCUCGAGUCUCGUGACGUCAGGUGGCAGAGCGUUUUUCAUUGGCCACCUAGCGAGUCAUCUCCUAGCGAGAGCGACCAGUCCAGACGCGGGAAGGGCAGCGCUGCAAAAAAGAAAGAAAGAAUGAAAAAAGAAGGCGCUCGCCGGGUUUUCUGACCCGCGAGGUUGAAAGCUCUCUAAAACUCUCCUAACCUCUAGUUCUGCCGAUAUAUUUGUUCUCGAGUCUUUCCAUGCGCCUUUAAGACAUUUCCUUCCACACAGUGUGCAUGAUAGCCUGUUUUUCAUCUGAAGUGUACGUGAAGCAGAAAAAGCAAAAAACAUGCGCACGUUAAACAGAAGUAGAGGUAAAGAAUUGUUAGUUCGGUGCUCGCGCAAGCCAAGUUGUUGAGCUACUGUGUGCUCCAAUAUGAAGUUGAAUAGAGUGAGCAUAGUAAGACGGAUACCUUUUACAUUUCCGCAUUAAGGUCACAGACAGGAUGAAUAUGUAGUAUGUCUUCUAAAACAGCUAUGAGGAACAUCAGUGAACAAAGAUGUAAAGUGUACACACGCGCCUUGGAAGGGUGAGGGAACAAGAUGAGGUUGGGAUUGGGUAUAAAAGAGUAGUUCUCUUACAUAAUAUACUCAUGAAAUUAAAGAAUGCGUAUGACAAAAUGUUAGCAUGAAUUACUGUUAAAAAAUUAUCUACAUGCCAAUGACAUGUGUUAAACGAGCUGAACAAAGUCUCUGCCAAAAAGUUACAAGAGUGUCACAGGUUGCAAAGCGAGAUCUAUACAAGAUUUUCCCUACUGGUCUCAUAAUUACCGUAGUCUCCAUGAUUCCAGAUUCCAUAGCGUAAUAUUGUAAUGGGUGUUGUCUUAGCUCAAAAUGUAGGGCGAUAGGCAAGGUGAUAGACCGUAACGCUUGAUGGUUUUGCUAUUUUUGUCGCUGUGCAAUUCCUAAAACUCUGGCUAGAGAGCCGCCAUCUGCAUUAUGGCAGCAAUACGUGUAGAGAACUGCCAACACAACCUAGGUACAGAAGGCCUGCUUAAAGCCUCCUCACUCUCUUUUGCCACAUGGUCGUGAUGUGACAUGCUUCAACCAAUCACCACAGGUAAUUUGUAACACAGGUUUUCUGUGGCUGACCAUGUGUCUCCCUAGUUGCGGAAAGGACAUCGCGAUUGGCUGACUCUUGGUGACGGCAUCACGUUGUUUAAAGGAGUACAGAGGGCCAUCCAAAAAAAAUUUUUUUUUCAUUAAGGAUUAAGGCGUCUCAUGAAAAGUGUGUGUAUCAAUUAACCAGGUAGCACGAAAGGUUUUGAUGUGUGCAAUUUGUUUCCCUGAAAAAAAAGAAACUCGUAAAUAUACUCCGCACGUUCACCCUUAACUCGCCACUCUGGGUGUAAUGAGGAAGAGAAGCAUGAUGCCACGUCACCGAUGACGUUACACAGUCCGCACGUUCUGGUUCGCUGGUCAAUUGGUGGAAGCGUCCUGUCCCUUUGCCCUUGGGAAAUUGGGGAUAGAAGGAGCGGCCAAAUGACCGAGCCAGGAGCAAUGCUUCUUCAGAGCCCCGAACAGCCGAGUAGCAGACGACAGCCGAGUAGGAGACAAUAUUUCUCUGAACCAGUCAGCGAGUGCGGACUGUGUAGCGUCAGCGCGAGGUCCCAGGCAGAUCACAGGCUGGUACUGCUCUCCACCACCGUUACAGUCGCAAAGUUGCUUUUUAGCAGCGUACUUUAAAUUCAAUUUCUGCAAUAAUUACAACUCUGUGGGGGUGAAUUACUUCUCAUGGUGCAUCUUACUGGCCUGCUUAACAGUUGUAUAGAAAGAAAACAGGGUGUUAAAAAUGACUUCUGCAUUACUUUAAGCGAUCAGGCUUCCUUUAUCUAGGUGGCAUUGGUGCUGCUCCUCUACCAUGUCUUUGUUGGAUUACAUCGUCAAUCUGAUCAGAUUUAGAGGCUGCGCUGUCAUUACACUCCUAGUGGCUAUUUGCGGAACAAUGCUCCGUGCGAUACCCGCUGUGUGUGACCUUAUUUGUUAUCGAAGACAAAGCUGAAAGCUUUAUCUCUGGUAAUGGAUGUAUGUAUACCGACGCUUCAUCUCACAUUUACUAGAGUAUGUACUGUUCAUUGUAUGUGAAGCUGCUGUGCCCCAUGCCCCCAACAAGUGGCAAGCUGUGCCACUUCAUUUCUGUGUGAUAUUCCAUAAUGAGACAGCCUGGUGAGGGACAUGAAUUUUAUGCACAUUCAUGAUCCCUAAUAUAUAUAUAUGAUACGAGAGCUAUAUUGAUCUACAAGAUAUUAAUGAUAUUGUUGGACCUUUUCGUUGUGUUUGUUUGAAGACAGUUCCGCGGAAUCGGAUUCGCACUGGUACAAAGAUAGGGUACAUUUAGUAUCCUUCAUCUUGGCAUAGGACCCAGGGAUUUUCCCAGCACCCUGCCAUGCCCUUCCCCCAUCUGGGAUUCCACCCCUACCCCCAUUUUAUGGAAGUCUGAUUAAACCCGAUCGCUCCGCAAAACAUGGUCCGCGCGGUCUACAUAACACGCCACAGCGUUUUGUGUAGACCCAAAUCAGUUUAACGCCGUAUAGACAUUAGGAGCCAUCUUGGGUCAAAUUUGUAUGUCUCUCCCCAGCCAGUUGUUCGAUGAUUACCAACCUCUUUUUAACCUGUAUGUUGGAGGGGUUUUUCUCAGUUGAGAUAUGUCCAAACGCUCAACAAGUCUUUACGUUGGACACAGAAGCCGUUUUAUGUCCUUCCCAUCUAAUCAAAAGCUAUUUCAACAACUAUGAAGGCACAGAAACGAAGGACCCUAGCCCCUACUACCAUAUAUAGCUUGACUGAGUGGUACUUGAGCUGACCAUUCCAUCAUUCCAAACGCUGAUAUAAGCGGCCACGAGUGAGCUCUAAAAGUAGAAAUGAGAACGCACACCAUUAUCUUGUACCACAUAUGCCUUCUUUUUUUUCUUUCCUUCCUCCUCACCCAAGCUUAUCACCACCAAACACACAAAGCCUGCCAUUUUUGUGUUUCGAGUUGUGUAAUGUUACAAAGUGCAGAGCUGCCUGGAUUAUCUUUCAAUACAGUGUCUAGGUUCUGCAUAUACUGCACUGGCUUUGACAAAUGUGUUGAACCAAGAUGUUUAUUUUAUAGUAUCAAAGUGCUCAGUUGCUAUGUACCUGUGAGUAGACCUUUAAAACAUUACAGUGUAGAUACAUGAUACAACAUCUGAUACAGGUUACAAGAGACCUGUAUGUGUAGACCUUUGAAACAGGACUGUACGGACACGAGCAUCUGAUAAAGGGUACCACAAGAGGAAGUAAUAACCCUUUGCUUGGUAUGGGUAGUGUGUCCUGAACAGACAGAUGUUAUCAUGUGGCUGCUGUCCUGAGUGGUGCUGAAGAACUGGCUGAUGGGCACAUGGCAUGUCUGUUGACCAUGUGCUACCGCAGCCUUAUUGUUAGGAAGAAUCAAUUCUUUUGAUGAAGCAUAACGUCCCACAGAAAGGGAUAUUUGUAUCUGUAGGUGCGUUAAAGUUCUACAGUGUAACAUACAUGAAUUCUGUCUAAAAAAAUUGUUGAUGUCUGCUGCCCUUCAUUUCUUCUCAGAAUGCUAGAAUUUAAGGUGGCAGAUUUCGGCAUUUUGUUGUAUGUAAUAAAUAUAUUCUAUUAAUUACA